AUGCCAAGUCAUGAAAAUCGUAAAAUUAUACUGAAAAUUAUGAUCACGUUAAAAUUGCAAAAAAAAGUCAAAAUCGUUAAAAAAUCACAAUCAACAAAUUUUGAACAUCCUACUCAGUUUUAA